AUGAAUAUCAUGUUGCAUCGUCUCGGAAGAUUCUCUGGCCUCAAUACGGGGCAUGCAGAGCUGACUUUAUUGAGGAAUAAACAAUCGUUGAUUCAACGUGGAUAUUCCACCCGAAAAUAUUCCCAAUCGACAGCACCAUCGAACAUGGGGGACCUGAAGAGCCAGGGGGCACUCGCCGGCCUGAAGAUUUUAGAUCUUUCACGAGUUUUGGCGGCCCCAUUCUGCUCACAGAUUCUAGCAGAUUACGGCGCGGAUGUCAUCAAGGUUGAGACUGUUGAUAAAGGAGAUGACACAAGGCAUUGGCAGAUGACGGGAGAAGCGGCGACUUGGAAGAGGUCCGCCGGCCCAAUCUCCAACUACUUCUCUGCCGUCAAUCGAAACAAAAGAUCCAUCACCUUGAAUCUAAAACAUGACAAAGGCAAGGAAAUCCUGAAGAAGCUGACCCUGAGCGCCGAUGUGGUAAUUGAAAACUUCAAACCUGGAACAAUGGAAAAACUGGGACUUGGAUACGACACACUAAGAGAAGGAAAUCCAAAGCUCAUCUAUGCCAGUCUUUCCGGAUACGGAAGAUCUGGGCCAUACGCCAAGCGCGGAGGGUAUGACCCGAUCGCAGCAGCAGAAGCCGGCCUCCUUCAUAUUACUGGAGAGCGGAAUGGCCCUCCUGUACGAGUAGGCCUUGGGAUGGUAGACAUGUCCACAGGUCUCUACCUCCACGGUGCCAUCCUCGCGGCUGUAAUUGCUCGUCAGCGUGACGGGCUAGGUCAACGCGUAGACACAUCACUGUUCGGAACCCAAGUCAGCAUGCUAAUCAAUGUUGGGCUAUCCUGGCUGAACAUGGGUAUCGAAGCUCAGCGCUGGGGUUGCCAGCACCCCAGCAUUGCUCCGUAUGAUGCGUUUGAAACCAAAGACGCCUACCUCGUCUGUGGCGCGACUAAUGACGUCCAGUUUUCUGCUCUCUGUAGGCUUCUUGGGCUUGGGGAGCUGGCCAAGGAUGAGCGCUUCGCAACCAACCCGAAGCGCGUCGAGAAUCGGGACACGCUAGGUCCGAUGUUCAAUGAGGUUUUCCGGACGAAGACGACGGCUGAGUGGGUUCCCAUCUUCGAAGCUACAGGUCUGCCUUUUGGACCCAUCAACAACAUGGAACGCACUUUUGCUCAUCCACAGACUGAGGCACUUGGCAUGGUCAAUCAGGUGAAGCUGGAUGCAGCUGAAUCGGGUCAGCUUCGUCUAAUUGGGCCGGCGGUCAAGUUCAGUAGGACUGAGACGUCGUUCAGGCGUGCGCCUCCAACCCUCGGGCAACACACGUCGGAGGUAUUAGAGGAGCUUGGAAUGGAGAGCUCGGACGUGGCGCUGUUGAAGGAGCAGAAUGUGGUGUAG